AUGGGCAUCUCUAUGGUGGACGUCAAGAAAAAACGGGACUCGGCACGGCGCCGGUGGUGGCCAAGUACCCACCCGGUCGGCCCCCUGAAGAGGUCGCCCGAGGGAGGUCUCAGGGCCUGCUACCUUCUCUUCGUCCACUGUAAGCCGUGGGUCGGUCUUCUUGGCCGUCCAUGUAGGACGCAAGAGAUUGCAGGCAGAAAGGCCGGCAAGGCAGGCAAGGCCGGCAAGGCAGGCAAGGCAGUCUCUGGCGAACUGCCGGUCGGUCGGUAUCAAUCAUACCUAGCCGCCGGUCACUUGAUCGGGAUUGUAUCCAUGUUCGCAGCGUCACGGCACCCGUGUCGGUCUACCCGCCCCCUCCCCCGGUUUCUUUUGUUGCCUCUAUCGAGCCAGUCUGAUCAGCUCAUGCGGCUUGAUUACCACGUGAGCAGUUCUGGCCUCGACGUUGCCACCAUGUGUCACCUCACCACGCGUUAA